UAGCCUUAGAUCAACCGUGCAUACAUUCCAUUCUAUCCCCUCUCUUGCCUGCCCCAACAACAGGACGUGUAGCUUCUUCAUCAGAAAUGGCGAUGGAGACGUUCCUCUUCACCUCCGAGUCCGUGAACGAGGGGCACCCAGACAAGCUGUGCGACCAGGUCUCGGACGCCGUCCUGGACGCGUGCCUGGCGCAGGACCCCGACAGCAAGGUGGCCUGCGAGACGUGCACCAAGACCAACAUGGUGAUGGUCCUGGGCGAGAUCACCACCAAGGCCACCGUCGACUACGAGAAGAUCGUCCGCGACACGUGCCGCAACAUCGGCUUCGUCUCCGACGACGUGGGCCUGGACGCCGACCGCUGCAAGGUGCUCGUCAACAUCGAGCAGCAGUCCCCGGACAUCGCCCAGGGCGUGCACGGCCACUUCACCAGGCGUCCCGAGGAGAUCGGCGCCGGCGACCAAGGGAUCAUGUUCGGCUACGCCACGGACGAGACCCCCGAGCUCAUGCCGCUCAGCCACGUGCUUGCCACCAAGCUCGGCUCCAGGCUCACGGACGUCCGCAAGGACGGCACCUGCGCCUGGCUCAGGCCCGACGGCAAGACCCAGGUCACCGUCGAGUACCGCAACGAGUCCGGCGCCAUGGUCCCCGUCCGCGUCCACACCGUCCUCAUCUCCACGCAGCACGACGAGACCGUCACCAACGACGAGAUCGCCGCUGACCUCAAGGAGCACGUCAUCAAGCCCGUGAUCCCCGCCAAGUACCUCGACGAGAAGACCAUCUUCCACCUCAACCCCUCGGGCCGCUUCGUCAUCGGUGGGCCGCAUGGGGACGCGGGCCUAACGGGCCGGAAGAUCAUCAUCGACACCUACGGCGGAUGGGGAGCCCAUGGCGGGGGUGCCUUCUCUGGCAAGGACCCCACCAAGGUUGACCGUAGUGGUGCUUACAUUGCUAGACAGGCCGCCAAGAGCAUCAUCGCCAGUGGCCUCGCCCGCCGCUGCAUCGUUCAGAUUUCUUAUGCCAUUGGUGUGCCGGAGCCGUUGUCUGUCUUUGUUGACUCGUAUGGGACCGGCAAGAUCCCCGACAGGGAGAUCCUCAGGCUUGUCAAGGAGAACUUUGAUUUCAGGCCUGGCAUGAUCAGCAUCAACCUUGACCUCAAGAAAGGCGGCAACAGGUUCAUCAAGACCGCCGCCUACGGCCAUUUCGGCCGCGACGAUGCUGACUUCACCUGGGAGGUGGUCAAGCCGCUCAAGUUUGACAAGCCGGCGUCUGCCUAAAGGAAAUUCCACACGCUACGCUUGCUGGGUGGGCGUUCGUCAAUUGAUGAUGGGUAUUUUGGUGUAGGUGCGUCGUGGCCAACCAGAAUCACGUGCCAAGUUUCCUUACAUAUAUCUUCUUCUUUUUGAGUCGGUGUGCUGAAACUGCCAAGUGAUGUACGUGCAGUUUGCCGCUCUGUCAACCGGUCUGUUCUUUUCUAGAUUCCGUUGCGUGUAUCAAUCAUCCAUUCAAUGUGAAAUAACCAUGUUCUUAUUCCCCAAAUGAGAUUUCUUUAAA